GCGUGAUCAAGCCAUGGUCUGGUUGGAGACAGUCGAGAACUGGAUCUUCCAGGGCCCAGACUUCAACGAAGACAUAGUUCCUCAAACAGACGAUGAUAACCAGUCUUACCAAGUUCUCCAGCGACUUGAUAUAGUACAAGCUGCUUAUGCCAUCGUUCUGCUGAUAAAUUGGGAGGGUAAUACAAAAGCGAGGCUCAGAGCACGAAGGACCCGAUUUCCAGACAUCGUCUACGUUGCCCGCAGCCUUUAUCCCUUCGCGAUGCCUGGAACAAGUGAGGAAGAACCCCUUGUUCCGUGCAGCCUCUAUGAUCAUUGGAGAGAAUUUGCAUUGCGAGAGGAGUUGAUCCGCACUCUUCUGUAUACGUUUCUUCUCGAUUCUGCAUUCGUCAUGUUCUACAACAUGAGUCCCAGGAUGGUAAUUAACGAGUUAGAAUUUGGUCUCGCAGCUACAGAUGAACACUUCAGUGCCUCAGAUGCCGAAGCAUGGUUUAUGUCCACCCAAGCUGCAGAAAACAGGGCAGUGGCAUGCAGCCAGGUCACGUUAUCCCAAUCUUUAAGCAUGAUUAUGACUGAGGAUUGCGGUGCUACCCAGUAG